AAUUCUGAAAGCAGUGAUCUGAUCUGUUUUCUCCUCUGUGUUAUCUUAGUUUUCUUCAAUAUUUUCUGCAUUUUGAUCACUAAAUUUUGAUAUGCGCAGAAUGGCUGGGACAAGAUUAAUCCAAUGGUUGUUUCUUCUAGUAUGGGCACUAGUAAUGCUCAAAACAGAAGGUGCUAAUGUAUCAAUUACAAUUGUUGAGGAUGCGGUGGCAAAAGGAGCUGUUUGUCUGGAUGGAAGUCCGCCAGCUUAUCACUGGGAUAAGGGAUUCGGUGCAGGAAUUAACAAUUGGUUGGUUCACAUAGAGGGAGGUGGAUGGUGCAACAAUGUCACCCUCUGUCUUAAUCGUUCAGAAACUCGUUUAGGUUCAUCUAAGCAUAUGGACAAGGCAGUUGCUUUCACUGGGAUUCUGAGUAGAGUCCAAAAUUAUAAUCCUGCUUGUAAUCUGUCUAAAAUAUCCAGACUUUACAACUGGAACAGAAUUAAGAUUAGAUACUGUGAUGGGGCAUCAUUUACUGGUGAUGUAGAAGCAGUCGAUCCAGCUACUAAUCUUCACUUCAGAGGAGCAAGAAUUUGGCCUGCAGUAAUUGAGGACCUAUUAUCAAAAGGAAUGAAAGAUGCAAAAAAUGCUUUUCUCUCUGGUAGUUCGGCUGGUGGAUUGGCUUCUAUUUUGCAUUGUGAUAGCUUCCGAGCUCUCAUACCUAGCGGUGCUAAAGUUAAAUGCCUAUCAGAUGCUGGUUACUUCAUCAAUGUGAAAGAUAUUUCCGGAGCACGACACAUUGAAGAAUUCUACAGUCAAGUGGUUGCAACGCAUGGUUCAGCAAAGAAUUUGCCUUCAUCAUGCACUUCAAAAAUAAAACCAGAGUUGUGUUUCUUUCCCCAAAAUGUGGCACAUGAAAUUAAAACACCAAUAAUUUUUGUAAAUGCAGCCUAUGAUUCAUGGCAGAUUAAAAACAUUUUGGUACCAACUAUAGUUGAUCCUCAUGGCACCUGGCAUAAUUGCAGACGUAAUAUAAAGAAGUGCUCGGACGAUCAAAUUCAAACCAUGCAAGGUUUUAGGCUUGACUUCUUAAAAGCAUUGGAAAACACUGGCAACUCUUCAUCUAAGGGACUAUUUAUCGACUCUUGCUAUGACCACUGCCAAACCGAAUUGCAGGAGACAUGGUUAUUUGAUGAUUCUCCAUUGCUGGCUAAAACAACAAUUGCAAAGGCUGUUGGAGACUGGUAUUAUGACCGAAGGCCCUUCCAAAAGAUAGAUUGCCCUUAUCCUUGCAACCCCACUUGCCACAACCUUGUUACCGUUUUACAAGAACACCCAGAACUACCUGAGAGAGACAACUACUUCUACCAGUACCGAGAGAUCGUUUUGAGAAUAAAAAUGGAAUGGGGUUUCGUGCAUAAAGUUUGGGACAAGUGGGCUUCUAACAAUAUCUCCUCUUCUUCUGAUUCUUGCAGUGCAAAACAAGAAGGAAUUAAAGUAAAUCCCAUUGAAUUGAGCCAAUUUGUGGAUUUCAUCAAGCGUGACAAACUCCAAACUGAGACCUUCAUUAUUGGGCCAAACCAGUACUUGGUCACUUCAAUUCAUGAGAAUUGGUUCUGUGCAAGGUGCAUGAACACUUCAAAACCUGCUGGUGAAGGUGCUAUUAUCAUGCAAACAGCAGCAUUCCUCUUGGUUGCAUUGUAUGAUGGUUCUAUUGGAUCAGCAUCUCGUGCUAUGGCGGCUGUUGAUCAGUUUGCAUGGCAAUUAGGUCGAAGAAAUCUUUAACCUUGGUUCUAGCGAUAGUAGAUUGAGGUAUGUAGCUUUGAGAACAUACCCGUUCAAGUAGAUAUUCGCUGUCAGCAUCAAAAUUCACAUCGGUAAUCUUUUGGCCACUAACAAUUUCAAGGGCAACAACGCCAAAGCUGUAUGCAUCAACCUUCUCUGAUAAUUGACCUUGGAUUGCAUACUCUGGUGCUGUGUAUCCCCUGGUGAGUAAUGAGAUGAGAUCUAAUUAAUACAUAUUUUGCAGAACCAAAAAAGGCCGUAAUGGAGCUUUUGCUACCAAUUGGUCCCCAUCCGCAUGCACAAAUAUCUUGCAUCAGUUGAUUACAUUUGUAGUAACAUGUAAAUCAAUCUACUUGUUAAACUAAAAACCUUAUAUUGAAAUAAUAUUGACAUUCUCAAAUUUCAAUUAACCAUCUAAUUUGAUAUU